UUGGUUCAAGGUGAGUUUUAUUCAGCAGGAUUCACGUCCCAACUUGGGACAUUUCAUAUUUCCAUGUGGCUCAUGCGGCUGCUCUUCUUUGGCUUUUUGUGCCUGACCAGAAGCAGCGAGAGCUUUCGCCGGGAUGCUUCAGCUUCCCGACUCCGUCACAUGUCAUACCUCUUGCGCAGGCAAGCAGGGCAGGCUGAGCAUCGUGAGCGCUCAUCGGCAAUUAGAGAAGAGCAGUCAACAGAGUCGAUCACAGAAAGAUCAGAAAGCAGUGAAAGCAGGCACCAGCGUGCUGCUUCAAUGAGUGGGCACCGCCACGGGCGGCGCGUACGGAAAGAUGCUUUUGCACAAUUGGUGACCGAGCCUGAGAAGGAUGAUGUGCUUCCUGAGGUUCAGGAAUUGAAAAAAGAUGCUGAAGAGCAAAUUGCGGACGCUAAGAAAGAAGUAGUAGAAGAUGUUACAGACAAACUAAAGCAAGCCAAAGAUGGACCGACAAAUCCCUUUGGUGAAUUGAUCGGAGGUGCCAUUUGCCUGAUCAUCGUGGCUUGCGUUCUUUUGGUCUCUGCAGCGGAGCAUUGGAGUGCACGGAGUGGGAGCCAAAAGGAAGCGCAGACGAAGCAGACACCACCAACAACGGAUUCGUCUCUUCCGAAUGAGGCGUCGCCUCGAAGCCGUGGAUGGUUCCACACCAUGGACUCCCAGGCUUUAAGCGAGGAACUCAAUUCCACACUAGAGAAUGUGGCCUUGACCAACUGGCCUGGCCAAUUUGGCUUAUCACCUGAUGCGAAGGAAAGAAAUCUUAAAAGAUUUGGAUUGAACAAGAUGACGCCGCCAAUCAAGCCUAGUGCUGUUUGGCUCUUGAUGAAGCAGGUCUUUGGCGGUGUGUUCAACACUUUGCUGUGGUUUUGUGUCACUGUUGAGGUUGCAUUGGCAUCCUUCAUGGGAGCAGAUGAAUCUGAUUUGGUGACACCUGCCAUCCUAGCAACCGUAAUAACAAUGGCAGGGGCUUUGCAGUGGUGGACUGAGCAGCAGGCUGAAUCGAUGAUGAACUCCCUACAACAAAUGCAGUCCCUGGAGAGUGUGGCAGUUUGCCGACAGGGCAGUCUUGAGAACAUUUCGCCUGAGGAGCUUUUGCCAGGUGACGUGGUCUUGCUGGAAGCUGGCCAGCGAGUACCAGCAGACAUACGUAUCCUGGCAAUGACCGAUACUGUUCUUGUUGACAAUUCUGCGCUCACAGGUGAGUCAAUCGCUGAACCCAGGAAAUCUGAGCCGGUUGGUGUGGACGAACAUGACCAGCCCGUCGUUGCACUAGUUGAGUCCAACAAUGUCCUUUUUUCAGGAACGAGCGUUGUGGAGGGUCGCCUUCUUGGAGUGGUCUUUGCUGUUGGCGAUUCAACACUACUCGGAAAAAUUGCAAAAGGUGUCCAACUUGCACGGCCACGGUCAUCUCUGGAGGUUCAGAUUGAGCACUUUGUGCAUUUGAUUGCUGUAACCGCCACUUGCACGGGACUGCUGUCCCUUGUUGCAAACCUUCUGUCACCACAAAAGCUGAGCAUGGAGAAGGUCCUCCUGAACUCUUCAACUGCCUUUUUCUGUUUUGUCCCCGAAGGUUUGAUGCCAACAGUGACGUUUUCCUUGAUGAUAUCCUCACGACAGAUGGCCAAAAGGAAGGUUCUCGUGCGAAAAAUUGAUGCUGUCGAGACGUUGGGGUGUGUGAGUGUCUUGUGCAGCGACAAGACUGGAACUUUGACCUCAGGGAAGAUGACAAUGACAGAUUUGGCUGUCAUGGACCCAAGGAGCUCCAGCCUCAAGAAAUUGUCGAUCCAAGCAGCUCAGGAAGAGUCGGAUGAGACCUUGCAGAAGCUUGCGCAGGGUGGACUUCUCAACUCAAAUGCCAAGCAACAUGUGCAGAGCCUGGAGUUUCUUGGCUCGCCGACUGAGGUUGCCAUUGUUUCAGCCUGCAACUUGAUUGUGGGAAGGCCUCUGGAAGAGGUGCGAAGAGCAACACCCCAGAUCUACGAAAUUCCCUUCAGCAGUGCCACCAAGUGGAUGCUAACAGCGCAUGAUGCUCAAGCUGGAGGCAGCUCUGCGUCCAGCCCUGACUCGAGCCCAGUGAGGCUCCUUGUCAAAGGUGCCCCAGAGUUUGUUGUCAGUUGCUGUAGCCUGUCAAGUGAGCAGGUGGAAGAGAUUACUGGCUGCUACGAGGAGUUCAUGAGCCACGGAAAGAGGGUGCUUUGCGUGGCUGAGUGUGACUUUUCUGCUCCACCUGGGUUUGAGUUCCAGGGAUCUAGCCCACAGGAUGCAAACUUCCCUCUCUGCGGGUAUACAUUUCUUGGCGUCUUCGCCAUCGAGGAUCCUCCAAAGGAUGGUGUCAAGGAAUCCAUUGCAAGUUUGCAGGAUGCUGGUUGCCAAACCAUCAUGGUGACGGGCGACCACCCAAGCACAGCGAAAGCCAUAGCUCGGCGGAUUGGCAUUCUUGGCCGCGGCUCUGACGAUGACCUGGCUGCGGUUACAGGUGCGAUGAUCGCCAGAGAAGGGACGCCGCCUGAUGGUUGGACGCUUCUGGACAUAGCUCAGAAUCAUGACUUGGCACCAGAGUGUGCAGAGUUUUGGCAGAAAUGUGUCAAGAAGACCCGUGUUUUUGCAAGGGUGUCCCCUUUGGACAAGCAAUCAAUUGUCCAAGCGUACCAGCACUUCGCCGGACAAAUUGUUGCAAUGACCGGAGACGGUGUCAAUGAUGCUCCUGCUCUCAAGGAGGCGGAAGUUGGCAUCGCGAUGGGCAUCCGGGGCACUGAGGUAGCGAAAGAGGCUGCUGACAUUGUUCUUCUAGAUGACGACUUGAAGAGUGUCGCCGCUGGCAUGGAGCAAGGGCGCCUUUGCGCCGAGAACCUUAGGAAGUCUGUUCUGUACACGAUGUGCUCUAAAGUGCCUCAAGCCCUUCCAACAUUUGCACAGCUACUUGGCAUUCCAGUUGCCUUAACUACUGUGCAGGUGAUCCUGAUAGAUAUUGGUACAGACAUUUGGACAGCUGUAGCCUAUGCAGCGCAACCACCGGAAACUUCACUGAUGAAGAAAAUGCCACGCCACCCAAGAAAGGAUGCUAUUGUGAAUAGUGGGAUGUUGCUGUAUUCCUUCGCGUAUAUUGGGGUAAUACAAUCAUUUUGCUGCUGGCUAUGCUUCUUUUGCAUGCCGGGGAUGUGGGCGUUGCUUGACAAGAAGGAGGUGCCCGUGAUUUACAGUUUGAGCGAGAAGGUUGCCAUUCAAGCCGGCACAACCAUGUACUACUGGGCGCUUGUAUGUGGACAAGUCGGAGCAGCCUUUGCAGCCACUACCACCUCGAUGUCGCUUGCAACAUAUGCCAUUCCCAACAAUUGGCUGAACCUAUUCAUUGUCCUUGAGUUUGGCUGUGCUCUUGCAAUAAUUUACCACCCAUACUUUCAGUAUGUCUUUGGGACACGAUCUUUGAGCAAGCUGCAGUUGGUCUCUGGGUCAUGUGCAUUGUUCGUCAUUAUCUUGGCAGAUGAAGUCAGGAAGUUCAUUGUCAGGAGAGAGUUGGGGCGCAAAGGUGUUGAACUGUCACCAUCCAAGUCAGAGGAGAAGGAAGAAGCUGAAGCUGAAUCAAAUGAUGGUGAAGCAGUUCCAGAUAUUGGUGGCUCAGCGUGAUGACGGCGUGAUGUGCCUGAGUGAGUGAAGCGUCUCCAGCUGGGAUACUCUCUCAAUCAGAGCUGGGAUGGCGUCCUGUUUGGACAUUGGUGUCGCAGUGUUAAAAGGGGCACGCACCCUCCCCAAGAAUAGAGGAAAG